AUGGAGCAGGUCAGGAGGCCAACCACGGAGCCAGCGGUGGCGAUGGAGCAGGUCAGGAGGCCGACCGCGGAGCCAGCGGCAGUGUGGGCAAGGCAGUUUCGGAUGCGACCACGUGGAGCCAAUAGAUCAGGUGGUGGCGCUGCAGGCGACGGCAUGGAAGCCGCACGCGAUGGAUCAGGUGGCGGCGCUGCAGGCGAUGGCAUGGAAUCCGCAGAUGAUGGAUCACAUGCCAUCGGCGGCGCUGCAGGCGAUGGCAUGGAAUCCGCAGAUGAUGGAUCACAUGCCAUCGGCGGCGCUGCAGGCGAUGGCAUGGAAUCCGCAGAUGAUGGAUCACAUGGCGGCGCUGCAUUUGACGGUGUGAAAGCCGCAGGUGGUGGUUGA